CGGGCGGGCGCGCGGGAUGCGGGCGGCGGGAGCGCAUGGCAGGUGGCGGCAAGCGGAGGCCGCGCGGCGCGGCGGGCCCGGCCGGAGAGCAGAGUGAAAAAAAUGGAGCUGUCAAGAAGAGAAGAUCAAAUCAGCCAGAUAAUCUCAAUAGUCUUUGCCAAGAAGCAGAAACGUGUUAUCGGCUUAGACUGCCUGAGGACUUCUACCAGUUUUGGAAGUUUUGUGAGGAGCUAGAUCCUGAGAAACCAAGUGAUGCACUUGUGUCAAGUGUUGGACUUAAACUGGUUGGACCAUAUGAUAUUCUUGCUGGAAAACACAAAAAAGCAAAAUCAGCAGAUGUGAACUUCAAUCUUCAUUGGAGAUUCUUCUAUGAUCCUCCAGAAUUUCAGACUAUACUUGUUGGGGAUAGCAGAACACAGUAUCACAUGGGAUAUUUCAGGGAUGUGCCAGAUGAGCUCCCAGUGUGGGUUGGUGCAAAUGAAGCUAAGAAGGGUUGCGUGAUUUCCCAAGUUGGUGAUAAUGUCUUUGCUGCAGUCAAAUUACUUUUGUCAAAAAAACUUAAGGAAGUGGCUGAUAAAAAGAAAAACGCUGUUUUGAAAGACAUAGAUGAAAAGCUGACAAGAACAGCAAAAGAGCUGGGUUAUUCUCUGGAACAAAAAACUCUGAAGAUGAAACAGAGAGAUAAGAAAGUGGUAACCAAAGCAUUUCAUGGAGCAGGCCUAGUUGUUCCUGUAGACAAAAAUGAUGUUGGAUACAGAGAACUUCCUGAAACAAAUGCUAAUCUUAAAAAAAUUUGCAAGGCCAUUGUUGAUGCUCCGACUGAUGAGGAGAGAGUGAAGGCCUUUGCACCCAUUCAAGAAAUGCUGACCUUUGUUCAGUUUGCUAAUGAUGAGUGUGACUAUGGAAUGGGGUAUGAGCUGGGCAUGGACCUGUUUUGCUACGGAUCACAUUACUUCCACAAGACGGUGGGCCAACUGCUGCCCCUGGCUUACACCCUGCUGAAAAGGAACCUCUUUGCAGAAAUCAUCGAGCAGCACCUGGGCAAGCGGCAGGAGGAGGAUCUGGAUCAGCUGGCGCCCUGAGUGAGGGCUGCUGCUGGGGGGUGGCCCUGCGCGCCCAGGACAGGGCUUGUCUUCGUGUGUGUGUGUCUGUGGGUUUUUUGUAUUCGCUGGCGGUGUCCCCUACGGUCAGUAAAGGUUUUCUAAGGAACGCGCUGCUUUCGGUGCUGGCUGCGCAGGGCGGGCCGGGAAGCGGGGGUGAGGCGCUGCGGGGCUGUGGCACUGACGCGCCCGCCUGGUGCUGCCCCGCAGGCUCCGGGAGCCAAACCGGGCCGGGGCUGGCGCUCUAAGGAAGCACGGGGAGGGCGGGCCGCUGCCCGGCAUUGCUCAGAGCACCUGCGGGCACCGCGGCCGUGACUCACGGCAGGACUGGGCCGGGCCGCUGUGACCGGGUCACCGCCCGCCUGUGCCAUCCGCGAACCGAGCCGCACGUCCCUGCUCCAGCUGAUGGCUCUGCCCUUCUGCGUUUCCCCGGUUGUGUCCCACCCCUCAGGUAAAGCAUUCCCUUACUGCAGCGCUCCCUUCUCUGGCAAAGCACCAUCCCUCCAGCACUAUUGCUGGAGCUGGCUCAGGUGGGAGGAAACUAACGGGUUGAAGGAAGUGCUAACUGACAUUACAAGAGAAAUUAGGGAAUUCCACUGCAGCUGCAACCUUGCUAAUCAGAAGAAGCUAUCUCCAGGUUUAAACAUUUAAAAAUUAAACCCAAGUGACUUUGUACAAGAUGCAAUAUAAUUGUUUUUAAGAUCCUUAGCCCCAAGUUCUGUGUUCUUGGUAUUGCACUUGGAGGUUUAUUUUCAGGCACUAGAUUAAAAUAACUGUUCAGAAACAAUAGAAAAUAACAUUGGCUCUUACUCAACAGCCCUGCUACCAUCUUCCUUGACUGCCUUGACUUCCAUUGUAGCAAUUCACAUCAGUACUAAUGACAGCAAUAUGAAUUACUACAGGUGAAGAUUAUAGGCCACUAGCAACAUGCUCAAAUGUAAGUCGUUCCUACUCUUUUAGGAUUGCCAGUUCUGUGUUACAGAGCAUUGGAGGUACAAUGUAGGUUAGAGUGCUGCCAAAGUAUUCUGAGCUUCAAAUGUAUAAGGUAAUCACAUGCCACAGCUACUUAGGUACAUUUGACAACUUCACCCCUUUCACUCAGCAUCUUAAUGUUCCAAUUAUUCAAGCACGAACAUAAAGGCACUCAUUCACAGGCCUCGAGUUUUGUUUUAUACAUAAAAAAACAGGUGUACUUUCCAUCUCACUUUCCUUUUUUUCAAGUACAGCAGACCUUUAUAUUAAUGCCCUGGAAAUCAUACAAGUACUAAAAAAGUAAAAUGGAAAGGGCUGCACUGGAGGGGACCUUAAACCUUCAACUUUUUAACUGUUACUUAAAUAUGAGCUGAGAUCUGCAAAAAUGAGGACUGGAGGCUGGACAUCCAUACUCAUGUAUUAACCCCCUGAUGGAGAAGGAAAUCUGUUACUGCAGCUGCAAAAUGACUGAUGAGCUGUGUAUCCUGGAACUGGGACAGACUUCUUAGCAGGGCCUGCUGCACUAUGACAAGGAAUAAUGGUCUUAACUAAAAAGAAAAAGGGUAGAUUCAGACUAGAUCGGGGGCAGACAUUUUUUAUUAUGAGAGUGGUAAAAUACUGAAAUGGGUUGCCCAGAGGGGAAGUAUAUGCUGUUCUAGGUUACAAUGUAAGAUGUGCCCAAAGUAUGUAUUCUAUCACCAUCUACAUGAGCUGUUGAAGCCAGGUUGGGCAGUGUUUCCCUUGGCCCCUCCCUCCAGACUAUCUUCUGUUAAUGGCCCAUCAAUGCCCUGCUGCAUGACUCAUAGAUAACUCCCUCCAGGAGAUAUCUCUGUUUAAUGGGCAAUCAAGGACCCAUUACAAAACUGAUAAAAUGAUAUCAGCCCAUUGUGAGAUGCUCUGCCCAGGGGGAGGAGCCAAGCAUUCCCACCUGGAUAUAAUCUGGCAUUUGGGACAGCACAGGCAGCCUUACCCACUGGAUUCCCAGAGGACAAGAGCUACCAGAUCUUUCUGCAAGAACACUGCUUCAACAAGACCACUUCAUCUGGACUGCUACCACCACGGUUUCAGGUUGUAUUCUGACUCUUGUCAGUGAUCUUUUGUAUCAUUGCAUGUGUUUUGUUUUACCUUUUUUUUCCUCUCCUAUUAAAUUGUUUUUUCUGAC